GGAUAAUUCUUUCUCUCUGUAACUGCUGCAGAAAGUAACUACAAACUCACACACAAUGUUGUCUGCCACCAGACUGCGGACUGCCCGGCUAGGCCUACGCCGGCCAUCAGCUGUCACAUCAUGUCAACCCUCUGUUCGAAACAGCCUUUUCUCCCAGACUUCAAGACUUCGCUUUAACCUUCCUUAUCAACCAUCGUACCAUCUAUCAACGACGAUUGCACGAACCUAUGCCACAGGUCGUGGCCCACAUCCACCAGGCGGUACACAUCGCAUGAACGUCGGCGGAGGUGAAGAGAAAUCCGCACUCGAGCAGUAUGGUGUCGAUCUCACCGCGAAGGCCAAGUCCGGCAAACUCGAUCCAGUUAUUGGAAGAGAUGCAGAGAUUCAUCGGACGAUUCAAGUCCUUUCACGUCGGACAAAGAAUAAUCCUGUCCUCAUUGGAGCCGCCGGUACCGGAAAGACUGCCAUCUUGGAAGGUCUAGCGCAGAGAAUCGUGCAAGGCGAUGUGCCUGAAAGUAUCAAGAAUAAAAGGGUUAUCGCACUUGAUCUCGGCUCGCUGAUCGCAGGAGCCAAGUUCCGAGGCGAUUUCGAAGAAAGAUUAAAGUCUGUCCUGAAGGAAGUUGAAGAUGCAGAAGGCGAUGUUAUUUUGUUCAUCGACGAGCUACACACAUUGCUCGGUCUUGGAAAGGCUGAAGGUAGCAUCGACGCCAGCAAUCUGUUGAAACCGGCAUUGUCCCGUGGUGAACUCCAAUGCUGCGGCGCAACAACCCUUAACGAGUAUCGCUUGAUCGAGAAAGAUGUCGCCCUAGCACGUCGUUUCCAACCCAUCCUAGUUAGCGAACCUUCAGUGGCUUCAACAAUCUCGAUUCUGCGUGGUAUCAAGAACAAAUAUGAAGUGCAUCACGGUGUUAGAAUUACGGAUGGCGCAAUCGUCGCAGCUGCCACAUACAGUAACCGCUACAUCACGGACCGUUUUCUUCCAGACAAAGCUAUUGAUUUGGUCGAUGAAGCUGCUUCGGCACUCCGACUACAACAAGAGUCCAAGCCUGAUUCUAUUCAAGAGUUAGAUCGCGAAAUAACGACGAUACAGAUUGAACUAGAGUCUCUCCGCAAGGAAACGGAUGUCACGAGCAAAGAGCGUCGAGCCAAGCUAGAAGAGAUGUUGAAGGCGAAACGAGAAGAGGUUUCGAAGCUCAUGGAGAUCUGGAACAAGGAAAAGGAGGAAAUUGAAAGCAUCAAACGAACCAAGCAAGAACUGGAGCAGUCGCGCUUCGAAUUAGAAAAAGCGCAACGCGAAGGGAACUUCGCAAGGGCCGGCGAACUUCGUUACUCCGUCAUCCCCAGUCUCGAAGCCAAGUUACCCAAGGAAGGUGCCGAAAAUGAAAACAAGGAAACCUUAAUCCACGACUCGGUUACAGCAGAUGAUAUCGCAGCCGUGGUGUCACGUACUACCGGUAUUCCGGUGACCAAGUUGAUGUCCGGAGAGGUCGAGAAACUGAUUCACAUGGAGGACUCAUUACGGCAGUCGGUACGGGGCCAAGACGAGGCUCUCUCAGCUGUUGCAAACGCUGUUCGGAUGCAGAGAGCAGGUCUAAGCGGCGAGAACAAGCCUCUAGCAUCCUUUAUGUUCCUUGGUCCCACCGGUGUUGGCAAGACGGAGCUUUGCAAGAAGAUGGCAGGUUUCCUCUUCUCCACUGAGAGUGCAGUUCUGAGAUUCGACAUGAGCGAAUUUCAAGAAAAGCACACCAUCAGUCGUUUAAUCGGAUCACCGGCUGGUUAUGUUGGCUACGAUGACGCUGGCCAGCUCACUGAAGCUGUUCGCAGAAAGCCGUACGCCGUUUUGUUGUUCGAUGAAUUCGAAAAGGCUCACCGUGAUAUUUCGACACUUCUCCUACAAGUCCUCGACGAGGGUUUCUUGACAGACUCUCAGGGCCACAAGGUUGAUUUCCGAAAUACGAUUAUCGUCUUGACCUCCAAUCUAGGAGCUGAUAUCCUCGUCGGAGCAGAUCCCUUGUAUAAGCACAAAAUUCCGGAUGAGGGAGAACUUCCUGCUGAUAUCAAGAAAGCUGUUAUGGACGUUGUACAAGCAUCAUAUCCCCCGGAAUUCCUCAAUCGUAUCGAUGAGUUCAUCAUCUUUAAGCGGCUGUCCAAGGAUGCUCUCCGGGAUAUUGUAGACAUCCGUCUCAAGGAGUUACAAGCGAGGUUGGACGAUCGACGAAUGACACUUCAAGUUGACGACGAGAUCAAGCAAUGGCUGUGCGAAAAGGGCUAUGAUCCCCGCUAUGGAGCUCGUCCACUGAAUCGGCUCAUCUCGAAAGAAAUCGGCAACAGGCUUGCUGAUAAGAUCAUCAGGGGCGAGAUCACCGCUGGCCAUACUGCACGGGUGAAAUUCAAUAAGGAGAAAGACUCUUUAGAAGUCGUCCCUGCCUAAAGCGAGUCAUGGUUAAUGAAAAGAAGCAUAUUUCGAUUGGUGUUUGGAGUUUCUCCAUAAUUUUCUGUGUAUGGAGGCACUUGUUGGAGCGGGUGUAACAUAAUGGCGUGGCAAGCGUUUUUUCCUUCUUUCUUUUGCUGUAUACAUCGUUGUUAUCUUUGGAUCUUCUGAUAUUUGUAUGAUAGGCAACGCCACUCUUGUGUAUAUAAAAGAAGACCAUGUAUUAAUGAAGAACGCGUCUCCCAUACAAUGAAGUAGGGAGUCUCGUGAGUAAAAGUGGAAGGUGCUUGGGGAGGUUGCCAGAGGGAAGGAACGACAAACCACACACUUCACUUUCCCUACUCGCAAUUAACCAAGUCUUCC